AUGGAGCUGGGGCUGUGCUUCCUUUUCGGGCUCGCUGUGACCUCCGCCGCAGGAUGGGUGCCUCACCCCCAGUCUGGGGAUGCUGGCAGGAGCAGCAUGCCCCGGGCCCCCUCUGCAGCCAGAUCGGAGGGGGACACCAAGGAGACUGUGGCCACCGUGGCAGCCCGGGGUCCAAGCCCCAGAAGCCCUUGGCGGGAGCAGGGACCAAGUCAGUUUGGGAAGCAGGGGGCCAAGGGGGUCCCUGUGCACCACCGAGCCCGGCGCUGUACAUGUUUUACCUACAAGGACAAAGAGUGUGUCUAUUGCCACCUGGACAUCAUCUGGAUCAACACUCCUGAACGGACUGUGCCCUAUGGACUGUCCAGCUACAGAGGCAGCGGAAGCAGGGGCAGGAGGUCGGCUGGGCAGUUCCCACAGAGCCCACAGCCGGUGAAGGGGACACUGCGCUGUGCCUGCACAGAGAGCGAUGAUGACGCCUGCUUGCAGUUCUGCACCUGGUCCCUGGCUGCCCGCGGGAAUUCAAGGUCGGCACAAACACCUGACAAAGAAGUGGAAAAGCACACUGGUGGUGCCCUGGGGGGCGUGCGUCCAAGGAGCUGCGCUCUAGUGGCUACGCUGAGAUUACUGAGCAGCUGAAGAAGACAGUGUUUUUCAACAGCAGGGAUGGGGAGAGGCCGCCCAUCCCCUCCCCCUUCCCCUGCCAAGGUGCUGAAUGGUGGAUGCUGAGGUGUUAGCCUUGACCAAAUGCUAAAUUCUCAAUGAGUAUUAUAAGGUACGAAUGUGAAUAUCCAUCAUAAGGAAAUGGAAAGGACUGAUGUGCCAGCGAGAUGGUAUACAGUUUAGAGAAGCAAUUAUUUAUUGUGAAACUGGUCUCUACAUCAACUCCUUUCAGUGGAUGUGUUUGCAGCAGAAUCUCUGUACAUAGAGAUGUUAAAUUCUGUUCUGAAUCCCAGCUCAUGUUCCUUAGGGCUUGAAUUACAUGUUUGUUAAAUGCCUAAGCACUGUUUGGCUCUGUGGCAGGAUGGUAUCUCGGAAACGCAUUCAUUGUGCUAACACUCAGAAAAUACUG